AUGCAAGCCGCCAAAAGCGAAGUACGCCCCCCGGCGGUACCCUCGGGGACCGCUCUAGGGAGGAAAGAUGGCGACGGGAACACCUCCCCGCCAACACGGCCGCGUCCUGUACACUAUCCUUUCUGGUUUGGCGGUAGUGCAAGUAGUAUGGCCGCCUGCGUUACACACCCCCUGGAUCUUGCCGCUAACACUACAUCUCAGGUCCGUCUUCAAACCCGCACGGGUGACAUGCCCAAAUCGAUGAGCGGCACCUUCAUCCACAUCAUCAAGCACAACGGUCCGCUCGGACUCUACAACGGCCUCUCCGCCUCUCUCCUCCGCCAAAUCACCUACUCCACCACCCGCUUCGGCAUCUACGAAGAGCUCAAGUCCCGCUUCUCCUCCAAAAAGACCGACCCCACCACCGGCAAGCCCAAACCGCCCUCUCUCCCCCUCCUCAUCGCCAUGGCCUCCGCCUCAGGCUUCAUCGGCGGCAUCGGCGGCAACGCCGCCGACGUGCUCAACGUGCGCAUGCAGCACGACGCCGCCCUCCCACCCGCACAGCGACGCAACUACGCGCAUGCGCUCGACGGCCUCGUGCGCAUGGUCCGCGAGGAAGGGGUCGCUAGCAUCUUCCGCGGCGUGUGGCCCAACAGCGCCCGCGCGGCGGCCAUGACCGCCAGCCAGCUGGCGAGUUACGACGUGUUCAAGCGCACGCUGUUGCGGGUGACGCCGUUGCGGGAUGGGUUGGCGGUGCAUUUUAGUGCGAGUUUCUUGGCUGGGGUGGUUGCGGCGACGGUGACGAGUCCGAUUGAUGUGAUUAAGACGCGGGUGAUGUCCGCGACGGGCGGGAAUCAUGGUGUCGUGGGGGUGUUGAGGGAGGUGUAUGCUAAGGAGGGCAUGCGGUGGAUGUUCAAGGGCUGGGUGCCUAGUUUUUUGAGGUUGGGGCCGCAAACAAUAUGUACAUUCCUCUUUCUAGAGUCGCAUCGCAAGGUAUACCGAAAGAUCAACGGGAUACCAGAGCCGGCAUGA